GGGGGUGAAGAUGAUAAUCCGCCAAAUAUGGAUGUUAUCUUCUAUGAAACUCGCAAGAAGAAAGAUCAACUUGUGGAACCGGAAACAAUUCAGAAAUAUGAGGAAAUACGUGAGGUGGUUCAGGCGGACCCAUCAUUAUCUCAUUUUGAUGUAGUUGAGAAGUGUUUUGGACCUCAAAAACGUGGUCAUGUUGUUUGCUAUGGAGGUGGAGUGAGUCGCAAAGAUUUGAAGGGGCCAUCUUCUAAAAAAAGUGUGCUUGAGGCCAGGUUGCUUUCAUCUGAAGAAGAAAACCGAUCCCUGAAAAAUCGUGUUGGUGUACUAGAAGAUGAGCUGCAAAAAAUUAAAGAGAUGUUAC